GAAGUGUCUGUAAUCGCUGUCACAACCCCACUCGAGUAAAUGGUGCUUCUCACGGGGCUCACCAUCAAUGGAGUUACUGGUUCGGUAUCUUGACAGGAGCAACUCUUUUAGCUCUGACAUGACUCAGGAGCUUAUCAAGGAGGAGAAGCUGAGAGACGACCUGAGAUACUACUUCAUGAGCCCCUGUGAGAAGUACAGGACCCGUCGACACAUACCCUGGAAAAUGGGAGUCCAGAUUCUGAAGAUCGUCAUGAUCACUACACAACUCAUCCUGUUUGGCCUCAACAACCAGCUGGUGGUUGCCUAUAAGGAGGAAACCACCAUGGCCCUGAAAAACCUUUUCCUGAAAGGAUACACUGGGGUGGAUGAGGAUGACUAUAGUGUAGCUGUUUAUACACAGCAGGCUGUGUUUGACAGCCUCUUUUACGUUCUUGAUCAGUACAGCCAGUUGGGUCAGCUCUCGGUUGGCCCUAUCAGCUAUGCAGAGGAAGAUGGGAAGCUGCUGCCUCUCACCAUCUGUAAAGAGUACUACAGAAACGGCAGCCUGGAGCCUUCGGACGAGACCUAUGAUAUCGAUGCUCACCUAGAAACAGACUGUAUGUCACAUGAUCCAAGAACUGCAAACAUGUGGAGAACCCAGAAUGCAUCUUUCUUCAGUUUGGACUUCUACAGGCUUGUUAACAUAAAGAUAAGCUUCCAGCUGAAGGGAAUCAACCUGCAGACGGUUCGACACCGGGAGCUACCUGACUGCUAUUCGUUCCAUGUCACUAUUAUAUUUGACAACCAAUGUCAUAGUGGGAAGGUCAAGUUAUUCCUGGACAUAGAUGCCGAAAGCAAUGCAUGCAAAGAUUGGAAGAUAUCUGGAACAGCUCAGAAGAACACACACUAUCUGCUGGUGUUUGAUGGCUUCGUCAUUCUGGUUUGCAUAACGUCAGCCGUGUUAUGCACGCGCUCAAUCAUACUGGCUGUCGGGUUACUCCAGAGAUUCUCUCGAUUCUUUCAAGAGAACUUUAAUCGUAAAGUGUGUGAGGACGACCAAAGCGAGUUCCUGAAUGGCUGGUACGUUUUGGUCAUUGUCAGUGACCUGCUGGCAAUAGUUGGCUCCAUACUGAAGAUGGAAAUUCAGGCAAAGAGUCUGACAAGUUAUGAUGUGUGCAGCAUCUUCCUGGGAACCUCGACGUUAUUGGUCUGGGUCGGGGUGAUCAGGUACCUUGGGUACUUCCAAAAAUAUAAUGUCUUGAUUUUAACAAUGAAAGCAGCCUUUCCUAAAGUUCUCCGUUUCUGCUGCUGUGCUGGCAUGAUCUACCUCGGUUACACGUUCUGCGGGUGGAUCGUACUCGGACCGUAUCACGAAAAGUUUGAGGGCCUGAGUCGAGUUGCAGAGUGUCUGUUCUCUCUGCUGAACGGCGACGACAUGUUCACCACCUUUGCCCAGCUAAAGGACAAAAAUAUCCUGGUGUGGCUCUUCAGUCGGGCUUACCUCUACUCCUUCAUCUCGCUGUUCAUCUACAUGGUGCUGUCCCUCUUCAUUGCCCUCAUCACCGACUCUUAUGAGACCAUUAAGAACUACCAGAGGGACGGGUUCCCGCUCACUGAUUUGCAGAAAUUUCUUCUGGGACAUAAAGAUUUUCCUGUUCAAGAAGAAAUCGGCCAGACAGAAGUCGAGCUCAGUAACUCUAUACGUCACUGCUACUGCUGCCAACGGGCCCCACCAUCUGAUGAUGUCAUACUAAUUAGCUGAAUGCAGGCCCACUUCCAGAAGAGCUGCUUUUUGGAGGUUUCUGGAACCGGGACGUUCUUUCUCUGAACGGAAUCUCGGAGUUCAAACUUUAAUGCCUUUAAAAAAAAAAAAAAAAAGGAAAAACAAAA